UCAUUACCAAGGGGUGGGGGAAAUCCAAGGGGGGAAAGAAGAAGAAGAAGAAGAAGAAGAAGAAAAACUCACUUGCACACGAUAAUGAUAAUCAUUAAAAGCGCCCGAGCCAGAUCCACCUACGAUCAACGUCCGCAUUGCAGGCGGUGAUAUCAUCCAAGAUGUCUUUUUGUCUCCUAUCGUAGAACGACCACCAUCAACACCAACUACGCAACAGCAACAACAUCAUCAUCAUCGUGCUAGUUGGCUGGAACAGCAUGAAAGUUAUCAAACCCGUUCGGAUGAAGAACAAUUAAUGCAUGGUGUACAUCCUUUUUCGCUUCGACCACCGCCGCAUUUGAUGCGGUCCCGACGGCAAUCUAGAACCGCACAGCAGAAUGGGGCAGUGACGUUGGAAGGAGUACGAGCAGCAGCCAAUCAGCAGGAACAACAACCAUCGUUGUCGUCGGAUAUUCCAGAAACGCGAUCGCAAGCAAGUAGCAAGAACAGUGGCACGAGUGCUGUCAGUCCACGAUUCAUGGCUUUAAGGAAACUGAGUGAGAGUGGAUUUAUGUCCUCAUAUGCUAAGCCGCCACCACCUCCUCCUCCUCCACCUACAGCAACCCACUCAUCCUCUGAGAACAGUAGUAUUGCACCCGACACGACCGACCUGAACUACGCGCUCCAUGAACAACGACUCCUGGAUCGCAUCGAUGAAAUGAUCGAAACGAAAUUAAAGAGCAACAUUUCGGAAAUUCUAUGGCGAGCCACAGAGAGUCAUCGGGAUGCUCGACGGUUUUGGGAAGAUCAGCGACGGGACAUGUUGGAAUUGGGUGCGUCCAUCUUACACAAAUUGAGCAUGAAUCAGGAGCAACAACGACAGCAACAACAGGCAGUAAGGCCACAACGACGACGACAACGACAACGACGAUAUCAUCCAGAUGGAACUAUCAUGAGUCCAGAAGACCAAGAAGAAGAAGAAGAGGACGACGACGACGAUUUAAUCUUUGAAGAAGAAGAAUUGGAGAGUUUGCGUAAAUUACGGAUUGAUUUGGAAAAUGAAGUGAGCGGGUAUCAGCUCAAGGAAAUUGCACAGCAGACUGAACUCCAGUCGAUCCGACAACGCAAUGCCGAGUUGGAAAAACAAGUGGAAAUGCAUCGUCAGCGAAACAGUGAGCUGGAAACACGAUUGGCUGCAACAGCAACAACGACAACAAGCUCGGUGGUAACACAGGAUCGUCCGUGCGCACCAACAAUAGAGAAAAGCGUUACAGCUGCUGGUGCUGGUGAAUCCUCCACUACCACGACUACACCGGAUCUAUCAGCUACAACAUCGGUCGUUUCACGGGAUGUGCAAACAGACAACAAUAGAAUCAUUUCGACGGCCACGAUGGAUUGGGCGGAUGUGGUUGCCGAGGAUGAAUGGGCGAAAAAGUAUACCGAGUUGGAGUCAAAAUAUCAGGUUGCAAACAGCAAAAUUGCCGAGUUGAAAAAACAAUUGCGUCGUCAAUCAUCAUCCACUACUGCUACUGCUGCUGCUUUGGUAAAACAGCCACGACCUGCAUCGUCCAUGGCCACUGUUCGUCCUCCGUCGCGUACUACAACAGCAUCACCGUUACCUGCUGCUACUACUGCUACUGCUACUGCUACUGCUAAUAAUAAUAAUUAUAGUAGCAAGCAUCGAAAACAUAAAUCCAUGACAGUAGUGGCUCCCCCAUCAAACAACACUAAGGAACGUAAAGCAAGCCAUCGUCAAAGCUACUUUAUGAACGAAGAUGGACAUCUGACGUUUACUACAGAAAUCAAUGGUCGACUAUCGCAGUAUACAGUCAAACUGCCGGGCAAGGAAGACACUAGUAGUAGUGCAUCAAGCAAAUUGAAUCCACUGGCGCAACCAUGGAAAACACCAACGACACAUUAAUAUCAUUUUACUACUAGAAAUGUCCCAACCAUAAUGACGAUGAUGCUGAUACCCCACACAUCCCCCAACAUAACCUCACAUUCUCUCCAAGAAGAACCACCCU